AUGCAGUCACUUUUCAAUUUUGCAUUGAUUUUUUCACUCAUUGCAUGUGUGAUCAACGCAUUGCACAUUGAGGUCCCAGCAAGGCCAAACCCUGAACCAAUGUGCAUUCGAGAAUUUGUCCAAGAAAACCAAAUGGUGGUUGUCAACAUCAACACUGAUGGCUACAAAGGAGAUGGACAAAGAUUAGACGUGGGUAUUGUUGACUCUGUUGGAAAUAGGUAUGCUUCAAGAAAAGACAUUGUUGGUAAAGUCAAGAUUGCCUUCACUUCCCACAACAAUGCCGCUAUUGAUAUCUGCUUUUACAACCAACAAACACAGGAAUGGAAGAAACAUGGAUCGAGAGACUCCAACAAUGUAAGGUUGAUUGAGUUGGAGGUGGAGAGUGGAGCUGCCGCUAGAGACUGGAAUGCUUUGCAAGCUAGUGAAAAGUUGAAGCCAGUAGAAGUGGAGUUGAAAAAAAUUGAGAGUUUGACUGGUGAAAUCGUUCAAGAGUUGCAAUACUUGAAAAGAAGAGAGGAGAGAAUGAGGGAUACAAACGAAUCAACAAACUCUAGAAUUAAAUGGUUCUCGAUUAUUAUUAUACUCUCAUUGGUUGGAUUUGGUGCAUGGCAAAUCCAAUACUUGAGACAUUAUUUCAAAGUGAAGCACAUUAUCUAG